AUGCACCUCGCAGCUGCCAAGUCUGUGGGGGACACGUGCCGCGGCACCGGCGCCGUCUUGGGUGAGUGUCUUUUAGGCGUCGCAGUGCAGAGCCGGACACCACAGCCGCCGGACGCAGCUGUGCAAAUGCGCUUGGACGGCCUCAGAGGUGCGAUUGGGGGUCGGGUGCCACAAGGAGCCUGCGUCACGGGCUGGCCUCCCUUUUUAUUUUAUUUUUUUGUUGGGGAACCUAAAAGCAAACAGGCAGGCUGCCCGCCUGCACCGCCCCCGCCUCUGGUUGAGGGGAGCCGCACCGCUGGGAGGUCUGCCGCUGCUGCGUGGCUUCUCUGCGUGUGUGGCUGUGGUCUCCUGCUGCCGCCUUUUUCUUCGUUCCGUCUGCACUCCCGCUCCCGCUCCCGCUUUCUCUAUUUCUCCCUCCCGCCGCCCCGCAGACCACCAAGUAGAUUGUGCCUCUACCACCAUUGCCACUGCGACCGAUGGGUAUGA